UUGGUUUUCUUCAGUGAUCGCUCACAUUGACGGAGCUCCUUCCCCAACGAAGCGGGAGUUGGGAAGCUCGUUUCACGGAUGCGCGGUCCCUAUGCGACGUGAUGGCGACGCUGCUGAUCUUCAGGAGAGUCUUGAUCGCUGGAAGGCAGACGCUGGUGCAGCUCUUCUUUUUGCUGCUUUAGCUGAGGAGCCUGAGGGAGACCUUCCAGGUCUGACAGCAUGGCUUGCUUCGCUGAAGUUGUCCCACAUCGACGGGGCUGCUCGAGAUUGGUGCGAAAAGCGCGGAAUGAAAGAUCACCAGGAGGUCUUCGCUGUUUGGGAGGAGUUCGCAGAUGCGCUACAGCUGAGACCACUGGAGCGUCAUCGUUUGGCCAAGGUCGCAGGUCAGCCUUCGGUCUCCAAGCCAGAACUGACAGCGCCAAGUCUAAGUACGUUUGGACCUGACGAGGAUCGUCAUCGCUACCGCCUGUUGGAGACCAUUGGAUCUGGCGCGACCGCUCGCGUCUUCCGUUGCUGUGAUCACAGUGGCAACGUGCUGGCAGUGAAGAGGAUCCAACUUGCCAAGCUUCGUCGACAAGGCAACUAUCGACAGAUUGAGGAGAUGUUGCACCAAGAGAUUGCCAUCCACCUCUCUUUGCAGCACCCGAAGGUUGUAGGGCUUGUGGAUGUCAUUGAAAGUGCAGAGGAGCUGCGUCUCGUGAUGGAGUUCUUGGGUGGUGGUAGUAUGGAUGAUGUCUUGGGGAUGCGUCGAUUCUUGCCAGAAACCCAGGCUUCGGACGUCUUCCGGCAAAUUGCUGAAGGUUUACACUACAUCCACAUGAGGGACAUUGCUCACCGGGACCUGAAGCCUGAGAACGUCCUGGUGUUGGACCGCUCUUGGGAGGAUCCAAACAUCGUGCCACAGGUUAAGUUGGCCGACUUUGGGCACUCCAAAGUCGUUGACGACAUUUUCACCCGAACGCCCAGCAACGUGGGCACACCAUUGUACAUGGCUCCGGAGGCCUUCACACUUGAGACACUGGACGAACGUGCUGCUGAUUUAUGGAGCCUUGGCGUGCUUCUUUUUGUGAUAUUGCUUGGACGAUGCCCCUUUGAUGGCAGUGGAGCAGAGCUUCAGGAUGCAAUCCAGAAGGGAGAGUUCUCCUUUUAUCAUGACGACAUGCCUCCACCUAGCCCUGAUGCACAGUCAUUGGUUCGCGCGCUGGUGAAGCUUGAGCCCCGCAGGAGAGCGACACUGGAUUGGUGCCUGAUACAUCGUUUUGUGGUGGGGCCUUCGGGUUUGGGACGGCUACUCUUGCGUGAUGGGCUGGCACCUGAAGUGGACUCAGAUGAAAUGCUGGAAGAGACCUAUAUAUUGCCUUCCUUGUCAGAAGUCGCAAUUCGAAACUUGCGGCAAGAUUUAUGCAAGUGGAUGCUGAAAUUUCGGUUCUCUGCAAUGACCAAGGGUGUAGAGGUGGUGGCAAAGUAUGGCCUGGCACAGCUUGCGGACUGGGAUCGCAUCAAACGCGGCCAUUGCGAGCUCUUAGAGGUUAUGGCCUACCAUACCAACGCCAAGCGCCCAGCCACUGGAAAUGUUUUGGGUCGUAUCCAGUCAAGAGGUGCCCCAAAUGGACAGCCAGGCACAGUGAAGCCAAAACCAGAAGACAUCAAGCAAAUGAGCAAUAGUGGACACACCAGUGGACAAGUCGAUCCUCCCAAAGUUCAACGUCAACAUGAGGAUGAAGAGACUGCGCGGCAGCGACGCCUUGCAGCACGGAAGCAGGCGAGCCCAGCCUGGAACUUCAGCCAUCGCUCAGGAGCAAAGCCCAAUGUCGAUGGGCAGUUUCGUGCACAAGAAGUUGCUCUUGAACGUGCACGUCGGCAAGCCUUUCAAGGCCGUGCUUAUCGAGCAGGCGCAGAAGACCUGGAGCGCUGAGACUUUGCUCAGCUUGGCCUCGGCAGCGAAGGAGCCAGCGCUUGCCGCUCCUGGUCUUCGAUGACAGCGCUGCACGGCCGCGGCACGGCCAGCGCACCUGGUCGAGAGCCUCACCUCCGUCGGCUCAUUGGAGUGUGAAGCUCUCAAGCACUUGUUUCUACUAGCUUUAUUGUUACUACUAGUAAGGCACUUGUUACUACUAGCUUCUUGUGCUCUCAAGACCUCAUGACCGCCACAGGAAGCUCCAGCUUGCGCUUUUCGUGAGUACAUGCGCUGCAGCAUGGCCAAGUGUCCGUGUGUGGUCCGUCCUUCCACAGUAGGUGGCAUGACUGGGUGCGAUGAUUCGUUGCGGG